AUGUCGUUAGCGCACAAUCGGUUGAAAAGGUCGCUGGAAGAUGAUGACAUGACAAGUAGUAGCAGUAGUGGAGGCAGCACAGCCACGCAGCUGGUGUUCGAGGGGGGCGGGAGCAGGCGCAAGGGCAAUAAACCCGGGCGGAAGCCUCUAGAUACAGAAGCUAAAAACAGGCGGACCGCACAGAAUCGGGCAGCGCAGCGCGCGUUUAGAGAGCGUAAAGAGCGGAAGAUGAAAGAUUUGGAAGAUAAGGUAAGAAAGCUGGAGGAACAGCGAUUGCAGAGUGAGCGGGAGGUGCAGUCGCUGAGGAACCAGGUGGUGUCGUUACUCCGUGAGCUGAAGAAGUACAGGCCAGGAAGUCCGGUGCUGCAAGAGCCAGAACCCACUGGGGAUGAGGAGAUCCAGGGUAAGUUUGGGCUGAAUUUCCCGUGGGAGCAGAGUUCUGGCGAAGAGGACGAGGACUCUCUAUCUAUGGUGAUUACACAGGUGCCAUCUCCGAAGUCUUCUAAUUGCUCUAUAUCGCAGCAAGACCAGGACCAGGAGCAGCAGUGCGUUUCCGCAGUGGCAGCGGCCGCUGCUGCUGCCGCGACAAGCUCUACCUCCGGUAUCCUAAUGACCGGCUCUGGCGUGCAGCCAUCUCUAGGUUGUGGGCACUGCAGUGGUAGUGGCAGUGAUGGAGACUCCGUUAUCGCCGCCCUAACAGCUAGCAGCAACGGCAAGCUUGGAAACGCUAAUGGCAGCCUGAAAGACAUAAUACCUGACUCAUGCUCAACACCUUCGCUGAACUUACUAAGUGACAGCGAACGGAAUUCAAUAUGCGAUACGUUCCAAUUGAAUAACGACUUCGGAGGAGCAUGUCACCAAUCCUCUUCAUCGUCACUCCUCUCCGGAUGUUCAUUAAUCCCGCAGCAGACGCUGAAGCUUGACCCCCAGGAAUCAACCGACGAUUUCUCGAACACGUGGGUGAGCACUACACCUGACAGCUCCUACGGUUCACGCUCUGCCACUGAAAGCAUGCCUAGCUUUACUACUCUACUGAGUGGCAAUUCGAACGUCAAUGAGCAAUGGUCCGUGCAGGACUGGGCAAUGAACGGCGUGCCUUCCUUGGCGCAGCACCAACAACAAAAUCAAAAACAACAGAAACAGAAACAGCAACAACCCUCUUUUGUUGAUCCCUCGCUGACGUUUUCUAUUUCAGCAAGAUCGGUGCCUGCAGCAGCUGGUUACACUACGGUUUCUUCAAACGAUUUACAGGAGGACGAUGUACUGUCGUACUUCCAAUAG